AAAUUCCCAUUCACCACACACAACAAAAGAAUAGUGAUCGAAGCUCAUGGCGUCUCUUGCAACCGUCGCCGCCGUGAAACCAUCCGCCGCCAUAAAAGGCCUCGGCGGAAGCUCACUUGCCGGAGCUAAGCUCUCCAUCAAGCCUUCCCGCCUGAGCUUCAAACCUAAAUCCAUUCGGGCUGGUGGUGUGGUGGCUAAGUAUGGAGACAAAAGUGUCUACUUUGACUUAGAAGAUUUGGGUAACACAACAGGUCAAUGGGACGUAUACGGCUCUGAUGCUCCUUCUCCUUACAAUCCUCUUCAGAGCAAGUUCUUUGAGACAUUCGCUGCCCCAUUCACAAAGAGAGGAUUGCUCCUCAAGUUCUUGAUCCUUGGAGGAGGCUCUUUGCUUACUUAUGUCAGCGCUACCUCCACUGGCGAGGUUCUUCCCAUCAAGAGAGGUCCUCAGGAGCCGCCUAAGCUCGGUCCUCGCGGCAAACUCUAAUUUAUAUUCAUGUUACUCUCAUCCUUCUUCUAAAACUCAUCAACACUUCUCAAUACUGGAAACCCUUUAAGUGAAUUUAUGUAUAUUCUGUUUAUCCGUUACAUUUGAAACGUUUUU